AGCGCAUUCUUCGCCGUGUUUUGUACAAGUUCAAAUGUCAGUCGAGUAGAAUUUAAUACCGAUAAGUUAACGAGAAUAUGAAAUAUAACAUGUUUUGAAAUAUGAUAUUUGCCAGUGUUUGUAUUUUAACUAAAAAUGCUUGCGAUAAAUGCAAGUAUAUCGUGUAAAGGUUAUAGGUCGACAUGGCGCAUUACGGGUUAAAAACUGGCAAUAAAAGGGGUCCAAGUGAAGUGAUACACACCGGGGUAGCACGUAGACAAGAUGAAGAAAACAUUGUUGAAGAAAGCGAAAUCAUGUAUAGCAAACAAAAAAUUAUUGAGGAAGUAAAGAAAGAGUUGCAAGAGACAGAACGUAAGAUUCAGCAGUUUAGCAGAAUGCAGAUGCUUCCUCCGGAGAUGAAUUCAGCUGUUCCAGAAGCUGCGGACUCCUGGAUCAUAAGUAAGACAGAAAUGGCAGCGUCGAGCGCGCCGCCCCGCGAGCAGCCGCCGCCCGCCGCCGGGGGGCGGGAGGGGCGGGAGGGGCGGGUGUUCGCGGUGCUGGGGCCGGCGCCGAGGGACGAGCUGCCCGCCUGCUGGGUGCCCGGGCCGCCCCCGACCGCCGCCCGCCGCCGCCGGCCAGAUAGUGUACCGUCAUUACCCGUGUUCAAAAUGAUGCAGGAUGAGAAUACUGUUGUUCAAGAAAUCUUUGAAAGCAGCUCAGAAAAAGCAGUAAUUCAGUUGGAGGUGAAUCAGAAUAUGUGUACACCUGUACCACAAAAAGAAGUGUCUCAGCCAACACCAGCUCCCUUGCCUGUGGAACCUACAUUGCAUAAUGACGUGGCAAGGUGCUGGAACGAGACAGUAGUGAUACAUCCUGCCAACUAUGAUGAUUGCUCAAAUUCAGUCAAUCAGCAGGAAGAGAGGCCCAUCGUCGCCCAGCCACAGCCACAGCCACAGCCGAGGUCGAGCGAGCCGGUCCUCAUUAGGCGGGUUGCGAUCAUGUCGUCAUCAACCACCACAAUGCCCGGCCAUCCGGGGUUCUGCGACGUCCGGGACCUCAACUGGCGUCCCCCCUGGCUGCAGCCCAGGAGCCCGAAGAAGCAGAAGAAGAAGGACCAGGUGAAGAAGACCAAAUCAGAGGAUGCCCUUCCGUCAACACACACCGCAGGAAAUGUUGCGAGGAAAAGCGGUCUCGUAACGUCAGCGUCACAGCCCUUGCUGAAACCUGAUGACCAGAAAGUUGCCCCAGUUCACGAUGAUUUGGAGGUGCAUAGGAAGAAGGCAUUGAGGCUGGAGAAGGAGAAGUCGAGGUUACUGCAGAAGAACAAGGAGCUGCAGAAGAAGUGUGAAGAGCUGAAGAAUUUAAAAAAAGUGGAGAGUCGGCAGCAUUUGGUUGCUGACAAGCCUUGGAGACUUAAGAGCCCAGCGAAGGAUGUCCAACAAAAGGAAGACAAAGUUAGUGCUGCAAAACCUGAAAAUGAUCCUGAAGAACAGGAAAACAACUUAUGUGAUAGAAAAGAAGAAAUCAGAGAGUACAUAAAGAGUCAGAGGAAACAGCGGCUCGAAAGACGAUUAAAAGAGGCUGAAGAGAAGAAAGCUAAGCAGCAACAGUUGAAAGAGACACUGAAAAUGCUGAGACAGAAAAGUCUUCAGCUUGCUAAAACCAGCAAAAGCAAUAAGGGUUCUGAUGGAGCAAGUGAAAGCAAGGAUAUACGUCAUUCACAGCCUAGUUCAUUGCAUAGCAACACUGCAUCACGUGCUGUGUCAUCAGUGCCAUCUGGAUCUGUCACAAAGGCUCAGACACCUGAAGAAAUGCAACUUUCGGCCAGAAAACCAGCAGAAAUGUCAUCAGCCUUGCUUGUCAAGGAUGAUGCAAACCACCCAGCUGGUUCGGAUGCCAUGGACGCAAAAGUAGACAUUCGGGAUAACUGUACCGACCAUCGCGAAUCAGCUGGGUCUUCACCAGAAAUUGUUACGUCAUCGCAGAAUGCUCAAGUCGCAGCUGAGUUGCACGUGCCCUUUGUGCAGCUGAACACGCGUUCACGGCCGAAGGCACCGACAAUUGCCUCCACGGCCGAACUGGAGCAGCUUGUUAAGGCAGUGCAUCAGCAGAUGGUCGCAGCGACCAACAGGUAUGCCCAAAAUCUGCAGCAAUCGUCCUCCGGUGCAAGAGAGCCCUUGUGGUCGGCAUCUGUAUCCCAGGUCGCUGGUCCGUCGUCUGUGUCCCAGGUCACCAUGAUAUCAUCCGUACAUAAUUCCGCGAGGACGCCGUCAGUGUUUGAAGUUACGGACCAGCCUGUGGGAUUUCAUCGAGCACUUCAAGUGUCGGGACUUCCGUCGGAAUCUCACACAGAUGACCCGUCUGCUGGACAUGAGUACUUGGCUCCUCAUCUGCAAUCUCAACUCAUGAAGCUGCCUCUUCAAUCGCAAAUCACCCAUUUGGCUCCGAAGUCUAGAGUUCCUCACAUUGGUGAAUCACCCCUUGCACCUAGCAACACAGAGCCAUUGCAGAUCACUGAAGCUCCGCAGGUGCCUUCUUCAUCUUCUGUUGUGGUGUCGUCGCCAACAUCCUGGAUGGCCACACUGUCUGCGUGUGCUGAUGCUCGACUGAACACUCUUGUCGCUGAUGAUAAGCUUCAAUAUCAGGCAAAUUCUGUUGUGCAUUCACUUAUGAGUUUACUAGAUAGAAAGAGGGCAGUGGAGUUAUCUCGUGGAAGCAUCAAGUUAGCACCCACUCAUCUUGGAAGUGUCGUUAUUGAACAGCCUAAUUGUAUCCAGCAGAAAAGUUCAGCAGAAACAAGUGGUUUGGAGUUUCACAGGAAAAUUAAUUCAUUACUUUUGUCUAGAGAACAGGAAAAAGCUGCAAUUAAAAUACAAGCUAGUGUUCGAGGUUACCUUACCAGAAAGAACCUUAAUAAAAAAGAAAGUAAGACUGUUGGUGCUCGUAAGAGUUUUCAGCUUUAUAAGGAAACUGAUGAAAAACGCAAAGCGGUAGAUCUUCAGAGCGGCGACUCCACCCCGGAAUGGCUGAAGCCCAAGGCUGUUCGACCAUGUCCAAAUAACAUUCUGUCUGCUGCUAUGAAGCAGUACGCGAAACUCCAGCAGCUGGGCCUAGUUGAUGGGCCACCCAUCAACCUCCCAGGCAACAGAAAGCCUCCUACAGAGUCGUUGAUGCAUCCGUCCCGAGACAUUGCAUUGCAGACAGAAAUGCCAGCGUCCAUAAAUUCAUUUGUUCGUCAUACUAAAACCACUGCACGUCUUUCCCCAGAAAAAAAUAGCAGCUCACACAUAUUGUACACUGGGAAGUUACAAGAUGAGCUUGAUCAUGGCACAUUCAAUGGUUCAAACAACUCUUCGAAAGCAGAGUCUUCAUCAACCAUUGUGUCAACAACUGGUGAUUCUGUUGCUGUUAGCACAAAACUUUCCAGUCAGUCGCAGAAACCAGCAUCACCCUCUGUAAAGAUUCUGUGCGGUAAGAAGCGGACGCCCCAGAGCUCUAGCCCGGAGCUAGACUCUGGUGGAAACAGCCUGUCUCUGGUCGCUCCGAAAGUCACUUUGGUGCGCAGAAGAAAGCUGAAUGAUGUGCACAAUGUUUCGGCCUCCAAGUCGGAAGGCAUGCUGGAAGUGCUGCCUGGUGACAGAAAGGAGUCCCCGAUUAUUCCACUGCAUGCAUCUUCGUCGGAGACUUACGACAGCCACACCAAGUUUGGACUUGAGCGAAGGAAGCCACGUCAUAGGGUGCAUUGUAAGCCCUCGUCCAUCAGGUCUCAAAGUUCUGCCCUGCUGGAAGCUGGAGACAUGGUGCUCAGCCGGGCGGUUGUGGACCACGGGGGUGGCAGUCUGCUGCCCGCGCCUCCGGCCACUCACAAGGACGUCCGCAUCCCUGCUGACCAGCAGCCGGACAAGAGCGGGCUGAGCGAGCGCAUCAUGGAGCUGCGAGCGAUGUGUAGCCAGUUCAACCAGAGCUUGGAGGCGAGCCGGCAGACGUUCGACCAGCGUGUGCGUUGCAACAAGGCCGAGCUGGAGAAGGUGGCCGCCCAGAUGGCGGAGAAUGCACGUCUGGCCGUCGAGGAGUUCUUGGCCAACCACAGGAGUCGGGAGCCGAGCGUCUCUCGGGAGCCACAGGUUUUGCCUGGUGGUGUUUCUGGUGGAAUGAGUGCCUUUGAUGUGACCAGCGCGUUUGAAGGAAUCGAGAGAGAUGUUGAAGAUGUGCAGAUAACAGUAGCUGAAACACUGUUGGAUUCUUCACGUGAUGCUUCUCUCAGGUCUGCAGCGCCAGCCAGCAUGCAGCUGUCGGAGAACCUGGAGCUCAAUCUGUCCCAAGCCCUCGAGCAGUCAGUAUCAUCGAUGCCCGAGCAGAACUCAUCGUCUCGCAGUCAGAAACAGGCUUUGGCCAUCGCUGCAUGUCACAUGUAUGAAGAACUCAUUAAAGAUGAGGAGAACCGUUGUAAGCAGCAUGAGGAAUUGAUCAGAAAGAAGCUCGAUGUGGUAAGCCAUAGCUCCAAGUCGCACCUGCAGUGGCUUCUCUUGAAGAAACAAGAGUACGUUAUGGCUGGGAAGAUGGACAAGCUGCAUUCCGUUAAGAAGAAGCAGAGAGCGGUCAUUGUUAAAUACUACGAAGACAAGCAGGAUAUCUUGAAGUCACUGAAGUUACAAAAGCAAACUUCCAAAGAAAGAAUUGCUUCAUUGAAGAAACAGCGGAAAACUUUUACAGAAAUCGUUAGGAGGUUGCUCAACUCCAGUCAGAAUUCCAAUGGUCCAGAGAAUGAAGUGCCAUCAAGAAACAUGUCUAGUGGUUCUGUGGAUUCAAAAGAACAAUUUAAAGGUGCUAGCUCCCAAGAGAAUACUUCUGAAAUUUUUGAAGAGAUUUUUUAUGAUGGCUCAAUGCCUGACGAGAAAUCAGAACCAGAAGCGGCUAGCUCUACAAAGCCUUCAAAAUCAUCAGCUCUCAAAGAGGCUACGAGCAUCACCAGUGUUGGAGUAUCUUCUAAAGUGUCUUCCAUUGCUGGUUUGGAAUCGGUCUCAGAACUUGCUCCUUCAAGUUCUGCCGUAUCAUUGAAAGGCGGCAGGGGCCGCUGCAUGACAUCCAGGAUGCGGGAAGUGACGCCCAAGGACAGUUUCAGCAGCAUCUACACGGUUAUGGAUGGCUCGGUUGCGAGCAGUGCUCGUGAUGAGAGCAGAGUGAACUAUCUGCGCUCUGGGCCGGUGCAGAUGAUCGAACUCACGCUCGGGAAGGACAGCAAGAAUGUUGAAACAACUACCAAGAAUUUGAUUAAAAAUGCAGGUGGCAAAAAUAAUGUGCUAUAUUAUGAAAAGUCUUCAAAUUAUGUGUUUCGAGAAGUCCAUACCCAAACAUCAAAAACCAGUAUUAAGUCAUCCACAUCUGUACGAGACGUGAGCACGUCGCCAGUGAACGUGGUGGAGGAAGAGAACGUGUCGCCUCGGACAUCUCCCAUUGGCGAGGAGCCGGACGCUGGCGUGGACCACCGCUCCAGCAGCAGCCUGCCCGAGUCUGCCAGGCCCAGUACUGUUUCAGAGGACUGCUCCAACUACAAUCAGUCGAGCAGCAAAAGCACCCAGACACCGGAGCACGUUGAAGAGCAGUCGUCGGUGGUCUCCAGGAGUCGGAGCUUCUCCAGCCUGCCGCUGCAGGCGUCUGGGCCGUCAGAGAAGUGCGGCAGGAGACUGGAGCUUGGCCUCAAGAUGCCCUUGUCUUUGCCGCCGUCCAGGAGACACAAACGCAGACAUUCAAGUGGUUCAGACGAAUCAUUCAUCUAUUCUCAAAAUGAGACACUGUCGGAACAAAGCGACGUGGAGGGUCGAAUCACAGCCCUGCAAGAGCAGCUCGACAGGCGAAAGCAGGAGGCAGAAAAACUUCACCGUGAACAGAAGAGAAACAGGCGAGAGAAGCUGAAGGCAAAAGAGGAAUCCUUACAGAAGCAGAUACUAGCAUAUGAAAAAUUUAUUCAGGAAACCAAACACAAUUUGGAGCAAGAUUUAAAUUCUUCUUCCUCCAUGGUUAUUAUGAGGCCAAAGAUCAAGCAGCCCCGGGUGGCUGAGAGGAAGCAGACAGCAAAACCACAUGCCACAGUCAGUAGUGUUGGACUGGAUUGCAGCAGUAAAACCGUCAGAAGCACGGAAAUUGUACUGUCGGUGAGCAGUUCCGAGGCAGAGCAGGUCCUCAGUGUCUUGUCCAAUCACAGUAUCGUCUCUGUGUCGGACCUGGAGAGCGUAGCGAGUGUGCCGUCAACAGCACAAGAAAGUGUCCCAGAGGAGAUCGCCAACUCCAGUGGCAAUGAGGCAUCCGUGUCAAAUGCAGUUUCCGAAGAGGACCAGAGCAGGGAGAUGUCUUUCAUUUCGGAACGCGAGAAUGGCUCUCACAACAGCAGCCAUGGAUCUAGCAGCCCAAAGUCAGUGUCCCAGGAGUUGAGCAUCCCUACGGCCAUUCAGAGCCCGGUGAAGUUAAGGGAGUCGUACGAUGACCAUGUGUCGGUUGUCGAAGAAAUAUGCAGUGAUAAUAGUAACAAGAAUAUCUGCAGUAAAGAAAUUGAGGAAAUUCUAAGCUUACGUAAUGAGUUUGCAAAUGAAAGGGCGUCUUGUGACAGGUACAGUGAUGACUUUGAAGCUGGAUCAGUUACCUCUGACCUUGCACAAGAAACUUCACAAUCUGUCGAAGAUUUAGAGGCGAAGGAAGAAAAUGAGGCAAGUCAGCUCAGUAGUGAAUCCAAAUAUGGGGAGCAAACACAUGAUAGCACCAGGGAAGAGCAUUUUUCUGAUGUUAAAGGAAAAUAUAAGGAUGUUAAUGAAAACUUGAGUGAGCUUGAAGUAGUUGAUGGGCGUAGUAUACCUGAAGAGUUAGAUCAAACUAUUGUAAUUACAGUGGAUUCCAGUAAAACUGAAAGUGAUUUAAAUGUUAUUGUGGAUGAGGUGAAACACAAUAUUUUCAAAGAGGAAGUGGAAGAAAAGCUUAUUGUAAAAGACGUAGACAUGUUGGCCACUGAAGAGCACCUGCAGAAAGUAAGUGACAACGAUAUUGGUGAAGAGCAAGUUUAUGAUACAAACAAAGAUAGAAGUGUCCAGGUAACAGAUAUUACAAAUGUUAUUUCAGCUUGUGAGGUGGAAUUAACUGAUAAUUUACUUAUGUCUGACAAUCAAAUAGCUGAAGCAAGGAGUUCCUCUGAUUUGGAUUCGGAGAUAGAUGUUUGUUUCUUCGAGGAGCCUGGAAAGGAAAUAAAUUCUAAAGAAUUUACUGACUCCCACAAGCAGUUGACUGAAUCAAAAGUUUUGCCUAUUUCUCCAGACAAAAUUUCACUUGUCGAAGGAAUAACUGACCUAAUUAUGCAGCAAGUUUUGUCAGAACCAUUGAGUAACAUCAAAAACUGUGGAACAACUAGCACAAGCCAACCGAUUGCAGAUGCUAGUUCAACAGUGAACACUGCGACACAGGAAGGUGAUAUUUCUCCUAAGUAUAAUAUGAUGGUAUCAAAACUGGAGCAGGAAAAUGUACAGUCAGGAGAAGAUGUUGUGGAUGGGUCAUUUGAAGCAUCCUUUAUUCCUGCAGAUGAGUUCAGUUUCAAAGAGCAAUCCUUUUUGAACGCUGAUAUUUUUCCUCUGGUGACAGUUCGUCAACGGGAAAAGGAGGCCAUCAAUCUGGAGAGAGGCGACAGAAUUACAGACUACUUGUUGGAAGAGUCACUGAAACAUGCUGCCAGAGAAGUGGUCAAAACGUGUGGUGAGAAACGCCAAAUCCUCACCGAGGUGGUAACACUGCCGCGAAGCUCAAGUGUCGAUGUGAGGAAGCGUGUCGGGGAGAUAAUGAUGGAGGCCAAGCUGAGUCCAUCUGUGGUGAGGGACAAGUCUCGAGUGCAGGACCUGAUGGUGACAACGUAUGAUCUGUUGUCACCCACAGACAUGCUGGACUCUGCUCAGCCAUCGCCUGUUGACUCUCCAGACUGCACUUUACUGCCAGGUGCAGACUCACCAUUGAAUGAUUGGUCAAGUACUGAAGUGACUGGAGAUCAGGACACUCGUGCCAAAUAUCUCAACGAGGUGGGUGUGGGAACUGACCUGUCCAAAGUUGCGCCAGCAGAGUGCGAGAACGAGUGGUUCGAUGAAGACUACGGACUCAGCUGCAGGCGCGAAGCUGAGGAGUUACGACGUCGGCAGUUGCGAAUUGAUCGGGAGAUACAGGAGCUAGAGCAGGCCCAGGAACAGUGCCCAUACUUCUACAUCCGGGAGAUCCCCAACAAGCCCCCACCGCCGUACACACCACCCACCCCGACCAGCCGAGCCCAGGAGCCCCCCUCUCCCCCCGGCCAGGAGGAGGUGUGCGGCGUGGUGAGCUGUGUCGCCGAGGCCGCCUACGACGCCUGGCAGGCAGGUGGCGACCCUGACGCGCUGCCCGUACCGCCGGCCCUCCAGGGCAAGGCCGCGUUCGGCCGCUUCUUGUUCCAGCUGGGCUGUCAGCUGGUGCGGGACGCCUGCCACCGGGACGAGGGGCCCCGCCCGCCGUGGGAGUGGGUCCCGCGAGCGGGCCGGCCCCCACCGCACUCCCGCCGGGCCGUGCUGGAGCUGGUCCGGAGGGAGCUGGCCACCGUGUUCCGCUCUGUGCCGCGGAGCGGCCCCGACGGCGACGCGGUCGUGCGCUGGGGCCGCAGGAAGAGGGAUCUCGUCGACGAGCUGCUGGUGCGUGAGGGCCGCAAGGAGGAGGCGGGCUGGACCAGAUACGAUGAGGACGAGGUGGCAGUGAAGAACAAGCUGACGGACGUGUUCCUCGUUUCUCUGCUGGACGAUGCAGUCUCCGUUCUGCGGCGUGUGGUGGCCGGGCGCAACACCGCAUCUUUGUCUUAACGCACAAGUACUCACUGCUACUCUAUACACUUAUUUGAAAAUUACCACUAUAGGAACUCUUGAUAUUAUUUUGUUGUGAAUUAGAUUUUUGUGUGUGUGUGUCUUUCAUCAGUAUUAACAACAUUGUAUUUUGCAUUUGGUAACUUGUAUUUGACUAGUUUUUGUUACAGAUGUUUAGUUUUUUUACAAACAAGUUUUUUAUCAAUUGAAGUGAACAAGUGUAUAUCAUCACACAAGAAAUGCUCGUAUGUAAGUUAAUCUAAUUUUCUUGAGUUUGAUUAUUCCAUGAAAUAUUUUUUACAAGUUGAAACCACAAAAAUGAUGAAAUAUUUUGAGGCCUUUAUUGUUGCCUUUUAAGAUAAAAACUUUAUUUUUUAUGUAAUUGAGAAUUGUGUAUAUUUUGGUGAUGUAUACAAGUUUGAUAAGACUAAUCAGUCAUCAUAGCCUUGUUUUUUAUUUUAUUGUAGAGAGUAAUAAAGAGUUACAGUUGCAUUUCAUGUAGGGCUGUAAUAUCAAUAUGUAACAGUAUUGAAAAUGUCAGCUUAUUGCUAUGCACUAGUACCAGCCCAGUCUACUCUUUACAUUCCUUUUUUCUGUUUUACCAGAAUAAGUCAUGCCCUCAAAUAUGCUUCACACCACUAAUAUUUGACCAUAACUAAAAUUAUUAGUUUAGAAUAAGCCUCGCACCAAACUUUUAAAACAGAACGUGUACGUGUGCGUGUUUGUGUGAACUUUCUUCUCGUAGCGCAAUUUUCCAAGACCUGACCCUUUUUAAUAAUAUUAUGCUUUUUUUAGUAACCAUAGAUGAUUGCAACCAGAAUCAAUCAGUAUUUCUCACAGGAACACUCAUAAACCACGUACAAGAUGUCCAUCGUUCAUUAAGCAAUAGCAGGUUAACCAGCUUUUGAUUUUAACAGAACUUGUGCUAUGCAGCAUUGCCAUAUGGCAUUUCAAUUUCUGAAUAACCCAUGCACCAAGCUUUUCCAACACAAUGUUUGCAAAAAAUUGUGCGCGGAUUAUUUGGGUAAAUGUGAUAUUAUUCCCCCUUCAUUUUUGCAAA